AUGGCUCUGAACGGCUCUGUGAGCAGUGGUGGAUUUCCUAUCAAAAUAAUCAACAAUCGGGUUAUCAUUGUUCAGGUGUCAAUAGCACUUUUUCUCAGCAUUAACUUUUUUUUAAUCUCAACUUUUUUCAGGCGGGAAGUCUUUUACACAACAAUGCGCUAUAUCCUAUUUGCUGUGACUUUGCUUUCUGAUUGUCUGUUCUUAAUAUUGACCGACUCUCUGCUCGUUUUAAGCUAUUUUGAUUCUACAAUGGAUAUGUGGCUGUGCCUAAUUAUGUACAUUAUUUUGUCUGUGUACUCAUUUGUCACACCUCUCACCCUCACAGCAAUGACCCUGGAGCGCUAUGUGGCCAUCUGCAUGCCCUUGCGACAUGCAGAACUGUGCACCCCGCAUGGUGCUCUGCAGCUCAUCUUCAUCAUUCACAGCAUCAGCGCUGUUUCCUGCACUGUUAAUCUCUCUAUUUUUGUUCCUGUUGUGUCUCCCUCCUUCUUUACCCAGAGAAAAGUAUGUUCUGUAGAGAUGUUCAUAUUGUUCAGCUGGCAGGGUCAUCUCAGAUCAGCAGUGGGUCAGUUUUACUUCUUGCUCAUGUUAAUAGUCAUCGUUUUCUCCUAUGUCAAGAUACUGAAAGUGGCUAAAACUGCGUCCGGAGAGAAUAAAAAGUCAACAUGGAAAGGUCUCAGAACUGUGAUUCUCCAUGGUUUCCAGCUGCUGCUCGGUCUCAUCCAGCUGUGGUGUCCCUUCAUAGAGGCGGCAGUGUUAAAAAUUGAUCUGAUUUUGUAUAUUAAUGUGAGGUUCUUCAACUAUAUAAUUUUCUUUCUUGCUCCUAGAUGUUUGAGUCCUCUCAUUUAUGGCCUUAGAGAUGAGCUGUUUUUUCAAGCACUGAAAUCUUAUGCUCUGUGUGGUUUGGGUAAAAAACACAAUUUAUUGUGAGCAAAAAAUACAUUUUACUUUUAAGACUUUGUUGUUUUGUUUUACUUAUUAUUUACUUUAAAAAUAUUUAAGAAACUAAAUAAAUGUCUUGGCAAGUGGAAACGUUCAUGUUAAGGUUUUAGUGAUCCUAAAAAAAUGUGUUGCUUUUUUUGACCAUUAAAAACUUUUCUUCUUACAAAGGAUAAAAACUCAAGGAGAGGUUAAUGUAAAAAGAGUAUUUUUGUACAAAAACGUAGUUCAAAGCACUUUGAAAAAAGAAACAAAUGUAAACACAUAUAUAACAAUUUCAAUUAAAACUGAAAUUCAAUUAUUUAUUUCAUUAUGUCUUGUGAUUUUACACUGGAUCAUUAAUAACUCACUCUAAUAUUUCUUAUUUUAAUGCCUUAUUUUUUAUUGCUUUUAUCAUUGUGUCUACUUUUUUGAGCAUUUUUAUUUUUAUUUAGUUUUUCCCUCCAGUGCUUCCUCAAUUCCUCCUUUCUCCAUGCUCAGUCUAGUUCCCAAUGUUUAUUUGCAUCAGUUAAGGGGGGGUGGGAGGUGUGAGAGGGUAAGGGAGGUCGUGUGUUGGUCCAGGGUGGGGUAAUUUUUAAACUGAUGUGUUUUUUUAUGUUAUUUUUGGUAUACAGCACUUUGCUUAACAUUAUAUACAAAAAGUGCUUUAAAAAGAGAGAUUAGUGUUUUCCUUCCUAU